GGGCUAUUAAAAAAAUUUAAAGAAUAAACAUAUUUUUUGUCAUAGCCAAUUUGCACUUUCCAGAAGUUAGGAUCACAUGCCAUAAUCACCAUGACACUAUUUUCCAAUAAAGUAAAACGCUAAAAGCAAUAAUGUUAACCUCCACCAAGUCUUUACCAUAAAAAAUUUAGUGCAAAAGUAAGAAAUAUUCAGAUAAGUUCCUUGAUUAGGUGGUUUUUGUACAGUAUGAAUAGGAGGAAUGACAAAACUUGAGGUGUAGUUGUCUUUUUAUCGUCUACUGUGGUAAGGUCACUACUUCAUGUUACUAGUGUCAAUAUUUGUGCCUCAUGGAAUUAUAGACAGUUCUCUACCUUCUGUCUGCCAAAAAUGUCUUAGAUGAAAUUUUAUCAUUUAUGCAUUCAAAUCUAACAAUACAGUGGCAUAAAAAAUUAUAUUCUUUAUUUCCCUGGUUGUUUAUAGUGAUGUCCAAAGUCUAUUCCGAAUAUUUAUGUCUUUCGGUUUCGAAAACAUCGUUCCAACACACUGUAUCAUGAAAAGCAAACCCAACCAUAACCAUGAAAUUCUUCCUGUUCGUCGUUGUCGCCAUCAUGGCCUUAAUCGCCGGAAUGGCCCAGGCCCAGAACUGUCUUUCCAACGGGUCGCCCUGCACUUACACCGGAACGAUGGGCAACUGUUGUUCAGGUUUCUGUCUCCAGCAACCCAACCAGUCUACUGGAGUCUGCCAGGAUCGUUAAUAUAGUCGACUUUUAGAAUGGAUUCUUAUUUUGUUUUGUUUAUUAAAACGUAGCAAGUAGCA